AUGCGCGUCACCAGGCUGGACUCACGGCUGCUCGUCUGCUGGUUCAAGUUGCUUUCGCUGGCGCACAGUUACACCGUGCACAUCGGCGAGGAUGCUGCUCGGGGGACGGUGGUGGCCGGAGAGGAGCGCGGCGCGCGGUGCGCCUUGGAUCAGGUGCUCGCUCCUGCGUUCGCGCAGCGGUUUCUGGAGCCGCACGCGGCGGCGGGCGUCGUGUUCGUGUCGGACUCCAUAAAGUGCGCCCUACUGCAGUCGAACCCGUUCACGCUGCUCACUGUGGCGGACUGCGCGGACUCCGGCCACAGGCACCUCCUCAUCAGUCAGUACGACGUGCAUGUUCACGGUAGGAACUGUUCACACGCGCGUAAAAGGAAACCUCAGUGGGACAUGGAGGUCCUCAGUUUGCUCGGGCACCACAGCUCCUCAGAGUGCCACCGAGCAGAGUCUGCUUUAUUUCCAGUGGGGGGGCUGUUGCCUGGCCCCCCGCUUCGCUGCAAGGUGGCCAACAGCCGCGAGUUUUACUUCUCACGAGGGGGCUUGUUUGUGUCUGAGACGCUGUGCUGGAGGCAGGACACCCUGUUUGAGCUGGACAUGUUCUGUGAUGUGCUCACAGGAAAUGGACUCGAUGUGAACACCAUCUCCAUCCACUGGCGCGUGGGACAGGGGCCAUUCAGGCAGGGCCACUUACAGAAACUCUUAAAGAAGGAAGCUCGAUUUGAUUCAGGUAUUGUGAGCAGGAGGAGGAGAAGCAUCAACAGCAGCCCCCAGUUUCAGCCCCCGAUGUAUCAAGUGUCAGUGUCAGAGAAUAAGCCAGCUGGGACCUCAGUUGUCGUUCUCAAAGCUAUGGAUGUGGAUGAGGGGGAGGCGGGCAGGUUGGAGUAUUUCAUAGAGGCUCUUUUUGACAGCCGCUCAAACAAUCUUUUUGCUGUGGAUCCUGUCAGUGGCAUCGUGUCGACGGUGGAGGUGCUGGACCGAGAAACUAAAGACACCCACGUGUUCCGUGUAACAGCCGUUGACCACGGCGUUCCCCGGCGUACGGCCAUGGCCACCCUCACUGUCACAGUCAGCGACACCAACGAUCACGAUCCCGUGUUUGAGCAGCAGGACUACAAGGAAAACAUCAGGGAGAAUUUAGAAAUUGGCUAUGAGGUGUUGACUGUGAGGGCCACAGAUGGAGAUGCACCUGUUAAUGGUAACAUCCUCUACCACAUCCUCAAUAGUAACGGGUCCAAUGAUGUUUUUGAGAUAGAUUCCAGGUCUGGUGUGAUCCGCACGAAAGGUCUGGUAGACAGGGAGGAGGUGGAGGCCUAUGUGCUGCUAGUUGAGGCAAACGAUCAGGGUCGAGACCCCGAGCCCCGCAGCGCCACGGCCACUGUUCACAUUGUGGUAGAAGAUGACAAUGACAAUGCUCCUCAGUUCAGUGAGAAACGCUACAUUGUCCAGGUGCCUGAAGACAUGACCCCCAACACUGAGAUCCUGCAGGUCACUGCCACAGAUCAGGACAGAGGGAGCAACGCUAUGGUCCACUUCAGCAUCAUGAGCGGAAACACCAGAGGACAGUUUUACAUUGAUGCACAGACGGGUAAACUGGACCUGGUGAGUCACUUGGAUUACGAAGCCAACAAAGAAUACACCUUAAGGAUUAGAGCUCAGGACGGUGGACGGCCCCCAUUGUCCAACAUCAGCGGCCUGGUUACGGUGCAGGUGCUGGACGUCAAUGAUAAUGCUCCUAUUUUCGUCAGUACUCCUUUCCAGGCCACCGUGCUAGAAAAUGUUCCUCUGGGUUACUCCAUCAUCCACAUUCAAGCUGUAGAUGCAGACUCGGGAGAAAACUCCAGGCUGGAGUACCUCCUUAUUGAAACAAUGCCAAGCUUUCCCUUCGCCAUCAAUAACAGUACUGGGUGGAUUGUAGUGGCAGAUGAGCUGGACAGAGAGAGCGUAGAUUUUUACAACUUUGGAGUGGAGGCCCGCGAUCAUGGCUACCCUGUAAUGUCCUCCUCAGCCAGCAUCAGCAUGACCAUUCUAGACGUCAACGACAACAACCCAGAGUUCACUCAGAAGGCAUAUCACAUGCGUCUGAAUGAGGACGCGGCUGUGGGGACUAGUGUGGUGACAGUGUCAGCUGUGGACCAGGACAUUAACAGUGUGGUGACUUAUCAGAUAUCCAGUGGAAAUACUCGAAACAGGUUCUCCAUAACGAGUCAGAGCGGAGGCGGGCUCAUAACACUGGCACUGCCGUUGGAUUACAAACUAGAACGCCAAUACAUCCUCACGGUCACUGCCAGCGACGGCACUCGGUUUGACACUGCUAAGGUGUUCGUGAACGUCACAGACGCCAACACGCACCGACCUGUGUUUCAGAGCUCCCAUUACACAGUCAACAUCAACGAGGACAGACCUGCGGGCACCACCGUGGUUGUAAUAAGCGCCACUGAUGAGGAUACAGGCGAGAAUGCACGCAUUACCUACUACAUGGAUGACAGUAUCCCUCAGUUUGACAUUGACCCCGAUACGGGAGCUGUCACCACACAGAUAGAGCUGGACUACGAGGACCAGGUUUCUUACACAUUAGCCAUCACAGCUCGAGACAACGGCAUCCCACAGAAGUCUGACACAACCUACCUGGAGAUACUCGUGAACGACGUCAACGACAACUCACCCCGGUUCCUCAGAGACCACUAUGUGGGCUCUGUGAUGGAAGACGUGCCAGUGUUCACCAGCGUGGUACAGGUUUCUGCCAUCGACAGAGACUCUGGCCUCAAUGGUCGUGUUUUCUACACUUUCCAAGGCGGGGAGGACGGAGAUGGGGACUUCAUAAUAGAAUCCACCUCUGGGAUUGUGCGCACGCUGCGCAGAUUAGACAGAGAAAACGUGCCUGUUUACAGCCUGCAGGCUUUCGCUGUGGAUAAAGGUGUUCCUGCUCUGAAAACGCCAGUAAACAUUCACGUAACGAUCAUGGAUGUGAACGACAACCCUCCUGUGUUUGAAAAAGAUGAGUUUGACAUCAUGGUAGAAGAGAACAGCCCCAUAGGCCUUGUGGUUGCCCACAUAUCAGCUACAGACCCAGACGAAGGCAGCAAUGCUCAGAUUAUGUACCAGAUAGUGGAGGGAAACAUCCCAGAGGUCUUCCAGUUGGAUAUUUUCUCUGGAGAACUGACAGCGUUAAUAGAUCUGGAUUAUGAGCUGAAGUCUGAGUACGUCAUCGUCGUCCAGGCCACCUCUGCCCCUCUGGUGAGCCGAGCCACCAUUCACAUCAAACUCGUCGACAAGAACGACAAUGUGCCGGUGCUUAAAAACUUCCAGAUCAUCUUCAACAACUAUGUGACGGAUGAAUCGAGCAGCUUCCCCACCGGAGUGAUCGGACGCAUCCCGGCCUAUGACCCGGACGUUUCAGAUCAGCUCCACUACAGAUUCGAGGUGGGAAAUGAGCUCAACCUCGUCCUCCUGAACCAAAGCACGGGGGAGAUCCAGCUCAGCCAGGCCCUGGAUAACAACCGGCCCCUGGAGGCCUCCAUGAGGAUCUCGGUGUCAGAUGGCAUCCACUCCGUGUCUGCUCAGUGCCUCCUCCAAGUCACCAUCAUCACCGACGAGAUGCUGUCCAACAGCAUCACCUUACGUCUGGCCAACACCUCCCAGGAACACUUCCUGUCCCUGCUGCUCGCUCAGUUCCUGGAUGGCGUGGCUCGGGUCUUGUCGGCUGCGCCCCAAGACGUCGUCAUCUUCAAUAUCCAGGACGAUACAGAUGUCAGCGCUCGCAUCCUCAACGUCAGCUUGUCUGUGGCGGUGCCCGCCUUCGGAGAGGGACACCAUCGUCCCACAAGUCUCAGUACUGACAGACCCGGGAGAGGACCUGAAUCUGGGGAGUUUUUUGGCUCAGAGGAACUCCAGGAGAGGCUGUAUCUGAACCGCAGCCUUCUGGCUGAGAUCUCCUCCCAGGAAGUGCUUCCCUUUGAUGACAACAUCUGCCUGCGUGAGCCGUGUGAGAACUACAUGAAGUGUGUGUCGGUCCUAAAGUUUGACAGCCUGGCCCCGUUUGUGGCGUCUGACACCAUCCUGUUUAGACCCAUCCACCCCAUCGCUGGGCUGCGUUGCCGCUGUCCCACUGGUUUUACAGGAGACUACUGCGAGACAGAGAUCGAUCUGUGCUACUCUAAACCGUGUGGAGUCAACGGUGUUUGUCGCAGCAGGGAGGGAGGCUUCACCUGUGAGUGCUUCCAGGAAUAUACAGGAGAGCGCUGCGAGCUGUCGUCCCGCUCGGGCCGCUGCACUCCAGGAGUCUGCAGGAAUGGCGGCACCUGUGUCAACCUGCUGGUCGGCGGCUUCAAGUGCGAGUGUCCGCCAGGCGGCUAUGAGAAGCCCUACUGUGAGAUGACCACUCGCAACUUCCCCCCACACUCCUUCCUGACCUUCAAGGGUCUGCGCCAGCGUUUCCACUUCACCCUUUCGCUCACUUUUGCCACCAAAGAGCCUGAUGGUUUGUUGCUCUAUAACGGUCGCUUCAACGAGAAACACGACUUCAUCGCCUUGGAAAUCAUCAAUGAACAGGUUCAGCUCACCUUCUCUGCAGGAGAAACUAAGACCACGGUUUCACCGUUUGUCCUGGGGGGCGUCAGUGACGGUCAGUGGCACGUGGUGGAGGUUCAUUACUACAACAAGCCAAUCCUGAACCAGGCCGGUCUGCCUCAGGGCCCCUCGGACCAGAAGAUUGUUGUUGUGACCGUGGACGACUGCGACACCUCGGUGGCGCUGAGAUUCGGCCUCAUGAUAGGGAACUACUCGUGCUCAGCUCAGGGCAGCCAGACAGGAUCCAAAAGAUCUCUGGACCUGACUGGGCCCCUGCUCCUCGGAGGAGUCCCCAAACUCCCAGAAGACUUUCCCGUCCGAAAGCGGCAGUUUGUGGGGUGCAUGAAGAACCUGCGUAUUGACAACCAGCACAUAGACAUGGCCGGCUACACCGCCAACAACGGCACUCUGCCAGGAUGCUCUGCUAAGAGACAUUUCUGCAACAACAGCCCGUGUCUGAACGGAGGAACCUGUGUGAACCUGUGGGGCUCCUUCAGCUGCGACUGUCCGCUAGGGUUUGGAGGACAGAACUGUGAAAGAGUCAUGGCCAACCCGCUGCGUUUCCAGGGUAACAGUCUGUUGCAGUGGAACAACCUGGAGGCGGCGACGGCGGCGGCCUCCGUCCUCUGGCACGUCGAGCUCAUGUUCCGCACUCGUCAGUCCAGCGCCACGCUGCUGCACGUCUCCUCCAGCCUGCAGCACAACCUCACUCUGCAGCUGCGUGGGGGGAGCGUGUUGAUGGGGCUGCACAGGGGGGAGGACUCCACUCUGUCCCGUGUAGAAGAGGUGCUGGCAAACGAUGGAGACUGGCAUCAUUUGCAGCUGAACAUCAGCAGCCAGGGAGGAGCGGCGAGCCGCCACAAGGCAGCGCUGGUCCUCGAUCAUGGACUCUACCUGGCCAGCAUGGAGGUGGAUGGAAAGCUGCGGGACUCCAAGCUGAAAACUGUGAGCGUUGGUGGUUUGGCAAGGCCUGAUGGGAAAAUUCAGCAUGGCUUUCGUGGCUGCAUCCAGGGUCUGCGUGUGGGCGGUGCUCUGAGUUUGUCUCAGGCGAGGAAGGUGAACGUGGAGAAGGGCUGCAGCGUGCCAGACCCCUGCAGCUCCAACCCCUGUCCCGUCAACAGCUACUGCAGCGACGACUGGGACAGCUUCUCCUGCACCUGCAGCAGCGGUUACUACGGCACAAACUGCACCGACGUGUGCUCGCUGAACCCCUGUGAACACGCAUCCACGUGCACCAGGAGGCCGAGCGCCUUUCACGGUUACACCUGCGACUGUCCCGGAAACUAUUUUGGCCGAUACUGCGAGAAAAAAACGGACCUGCCGUGUCCGAGAGGUUGGUGGGGUCACAAGACCUGCGGUCCCUGCAACUGUCCAACAGACCGGGGGUUUGAUUCCGACUGCAACAAGACGAGUGGAGAGUGUCGCUGUAAGGACAACCACUACCGACCUGAAGGCAGCGACACCUGCCUGCUGUGCGACUGCUACCCGGUCGGUUCUUUCUCCAGAGCCUGCGACAGAGAGAGCGGUCAGUGUCAGUGUAAGCCCGGCGUCAUCGGGCGUCAGUGUGAUCGCUGUGACAACCCGUUUGCUGAAGUCUCUCCUAACGGCUGCGAAGUAAUUUAUGACAGCUGCCCUCAGGCCAUCGAGGCUGGGAUAUGGUGGCCCAGGACUAAGUUUGGUCUUCCUGCAGCUGUUCCCUGUCCCAAAGGAACUAUUGGCACAGCCAUCCGACACUGUGAUGAGCACAAGGGCUGGCUCCCUCCGAACCUCUUCAACUGCACCUCUGUCACCUUCAGCAAACUCAAAGCCCUGUCAGAACGGUUUUCCCGUAACGCGUCACUCCUUGAUCCUGGGCUCGUUCAGCAGACGGCAGCCAUGUUGGCCAACGCCACCUCGCACACGGAGCAGUUCUACGGCAGCGACGUGAAGGUGGCGUACCGGCUCGCUCUGAGUCUGCUGCAGCACGAGAGCAACCAGCAGGGCUUCAACCUCACGGCGACGCAGGACGUCCACUUCACUGAGAAUCUGAUCAACGUGGGCAGCACCAUCCUGUCUCCAGAUGUCCGGCCGCACUGGGAACUGAUCCAGCACUCAGAGGGCGGCACGGCGGCUCUGCUGCGACGCUACGAAGAAUACGCAAACACGCUGGCACAGAACAUGAGGAAGACCUACCUGAGCCCCUUCACCAUCGUCACACCGAACAUCGUCAUUUCUGUGGACCGUCUGAAAAAGAUGAAUUUCGCCGGAGCUAAACUACCACGGUACCAGUCCCUGAGAGGUCCGCGCCCUGCGGACCAGGAGACCGCCGUCACUCUCCCCGAUUCAGUCUUUCAGCCGCCCACGGACUACAAGGGCCACAGACUCCAGGACGUUUUCUCAGAAUCCUCCCCGAAGAACCGCUCAGGCAACAGGAGGAGGCGCCACCCGGAGGACAGCCAGCAGGAAGCCAUCGCCAGUGUGAUCAUCUUCCACAGCCUGGCCACGCUUCUACCGGAAAACUACGAUCCAGACAAGAGAAGUCUACGCGUACCGAAGCGUCCGGUCAUCAACACGCCGGUGGUCAGCAUCACGGUUCACGACAACGACGAGCUGCUGCAGCACCCGCUGGACAAACCCAUCACCGUGCAGUUCCGGCUGGUCGCCACCGAGGAGCGCUCGAAGCCCAUCUGUGUGUUCUGGAACCACACCAUACUUUCCGGGAAUGGCGGCUGGUCGGCCAAAGGCUGCGAGGUGGUGUUCAGGAACAGCAGCCACAUCAGCUGCCAGUGCUAUCACAUGACCAGCUUCGCUGUGCUGAUGGACGUCUCCAGGAGGGAGAACGGAGAGAUCCUGCCCAUUAAAAUCCUGACAUGGAGCACGGCCGGAGUGACGCUGGGCUUCCUCUUCCUCACCACAGUCUUCCUCCUGUGCCUCAGAGCCAUGCAGAGCAACAAGACGAGCAUCAUCAACAACGGAUCCUCGGCUCUCUUUCUGUCCGAGCUCGUCUUCGUCCUGGGCAUCAACCAAGCCGACAACCCGUUUCUCUGCACGGUCAUCGCCAUCCUGCUGCACUUUUUCUACCUCUGCUCGUUCUCCUGGCUCUUCCUGGAGGGGCUGCAUGUUUACCGCAUGAUCAGCGAAGUGCGAGACAUCAACUAUGGACCGAUGAGGUUCUACUACCUGAUCGGCUGGGGAGUCCCGGCCUUCAUCACAGGUUUGGCGGUGGGUUUGGACCCCGAAGGCUACGGUAACCCCGACUUCUGCUGGCUGUCGAUGUACGACACUCUGAUCUGGAGCUUCGCCGGACCCAUCGCCUUGGUGGUGUCGAUGAACAUCUUCCUGUACAUCCUGUCAUCCAGAGCCUCCUGCUCACUGAAGCACCACGGCAUGGAGAAGAAAGAGCCUCGUUUCUCCGGCCUGAAGACCGCAGGCGGCGUCCUCUUCCUGGUUUCUACCACAUGUUUUCUGGCUCUUCUCUCCGUCAACAGCGACAUGAUCAUCUUCCACUACCUGUUUGCAGGUUUUAACUGUGUGCAGGGUCCGUUCGUUUUCUUUUUCCGUGUCGUCUUCAGUAAGGAGGCGAGGAGAGCGAUGAAGUACUGCUGCAGCCGAAAGCGCCCAGAUCACAUGAUCAAAUCUAAAGCCUUGAACUAUAAGAGCAACACGAACUACAUGGACGGCCGGUUGUAUCAUCUCCCGUUCGGUGAGUCCAGCGCGUCUCUGAACGGCACCAUGCAGAGCGGGAAGAGCCAGCAGAGCUACGUGCCGUUCGCCCUCCGAGACGAUGGAUUAACCACCAGCCAGGCGCACAUCGCUCUGAACGACCACACAUCGCUCUUCCACGAAACGAAAGAGCACAUGGACGAUCACGACAGUGACUCGGACAGCGAUCUGUCUCUGGAGGACGACCAGAGCGGCUCCUACGCCUCCACGCACUCUUCUGACAGCGAGGACGUGGAGGGGCCCCUUCCUCCAGAGGAAUGCUGGGAAAACCUAGUGUCCAACGGUGUUAAACGACCCCAACCACACGACGACAGUUCGGGGCCGGCGCUCUGGCCUGCAGAUCACUCGUCCGGGGUCGGUGACGGCGAGCUCGUUGGUGGAGACAGAGGGAGGACGGAGGCUCCAGAACCGGUCCUCGGGCGAAACAUUCGGCUGUUAUCGGACGACCGGUCGCAGGAGUCUGCGGCGACGCUGCUGCCUGUUCUAUCAAACCUCAGCUCCCACCCUCACAAAGGGAUCCUGAAGAGGAAGCAGCUGUCUCCCAUCGUGGAGAGGAACAGUCUCCACCGCGUCCACAAUGAACUCAGUGAAAACUGUCCGGGCUCGGCGCCUCAGCAGGGAUCCUCCUCCUGCCAGGACCGAGCCGGCCCGGCUAAACCCGACCUGCCCGACCGGCUGAACGGCGUGGCCCUGAGCGUCAAGGCGGGGGCGGUGGACGGCGACUCGUCAGGGUCCGAGUCAUAGAGCCCCCACCCCCGCAACACUUGACGACAGCAAGGAGCGCCUGACGUUCUGUCAUCAAGAGGAAAGAAGAAG